AUGUCUUCUGGUGUAUCUAGCUCGGCUGUCCUCGCUCCGACUUGUGUCUUCGCACCCACCACCGCGGACCAGGUUUCCUUCCUUGUCAAGACCGCAGUAGCCAAUAGCUGCAAGUUCGCCGCCAAAGGAGGAGGUCACUCUGCCGUACCUGGAGCCGCUGACGUCGACAAUGGCAUUCUCAUCAGCUUCGACAACAUGAAGAACAUCUCCCUUCAGACUGCUUCUGACGGGACCAAGUAUGCCGCUGUGCAGCCGGGGCUUCACUGGGGAGAUGUCUACACCUACCUCGACCCCCUUAACGUCAUUCCCGCUGUCGGUCGCUUCUAUCCUGUCGGUACUGGCCUUGUUCUUGGUGCAGGCUUCAGCUUCCUGGGCAACGAGAAGGGCUUCGCCACCGACUCUGUGUACUCGUUCGAGACUGUACUGGCCAACGGGAGCAUCGUGACUGUGUCCCAAACAAAUGCGCCUGAUCUGUUCAAAGCGAUGAAAGGCGGAGGUAAUAACUUCGCCAUUGUCACCCGCUACAACCUCCGGGUCUUCCCGGGCGGUAAGAUUGCCGGCGGUAUGGUCAUCGCUGCCGAGGACCAGACCGAGAAGUGGCUCGACCUUACUUACGACUACGCCACCGUGCAGGCUGUCCAGGAGGUCAAGUCACAUGCUCUGCCUGCAAUGGCAUGGGUACAAGCCACCGAUGUUGCCAUCUCCGAGACUCCCGUUGUCUACGUUGUACCCGGUGCCACCCAGCUCCCUGCAAUCAUGUCGGGCUGGAACAACAUGACCGCCAUCUCGAACACCGUCCGCUCUGUGUACCCGCAUGAGCUGGCUCAGGAGUAUGCCGCCGGAUUCUCCAACGGGCAGUUCCAAGAGCAGCGCGUCUUCACCAUCAAGGCGAACCGCGCCGAGUUUGCCUACAUUUGGUACCAAUUCCUCGCCUGGGCGCGCGCCAUGAAGGACGUCCCCGGCUUCAACAUCCUCCACUGCAACAUGCCCGUCACCCCCCGCAUGGCCACUGCUGGCCUCGCCUACGGCGGCAACUCGCUUGGUCUCGACAGCAACAAGGAUGUCCUGUCUGUGAUCUACUUGGGCAUCACCAUGGAUACCCGCGAUGACAGCGUCGUGUCUUCGUUCCGUAGCUUGUUCACUACGCUGCAGUCGCACUCUAAGUCGGCGAACUUACUCCACCCGUGGCUGUUCUGGAACUACGCUGGCAUUGGCCAGGACGUCAUUGCCUCGUACGGCACUGCAUCCGUUGCGAACAUGAAGAAGGUUCGCACCAAGUACGACCCCAGUGGCGUUUUCAAGACGCUCGUUCCCGGUGGGUUCAAGCUGGCUUAAGCGCUUUCAAGUCUUGUCGAAGCUUUGACGCUCAACUUCGGGCGUAGUAUAGGUGCUCUUCUGACGUCGAUCUUUUUUGGGCAAAGUGGGGGAUUUCAAUGCAUUGAUAUAUUCUCGGAGACGAGAAUAGAUGUAGUUGCUUGCGUACAUUAUAGAUUUGGUAG